AAAAAUGCAAUGAUACAGUUGUAGGUAUAUAGUACAUGCAGAUAAAGGUGACAAGGAUACAUGAACACCACAAUUUAGGUUUCUGUGUCAUACAUUUUCUUUUAACAUUCGUGUGUAAUUCUGAAGCUUGACAGAUGGUUAUGUUAUAGAUGGAAUGAUGGGCAAAGCAAAUGAUUGGUGAUUGGUGUGGGCAUGGUAACUCACCUGCAGUAAAAAAGCCAAUGCACAUGAUGAACUGUUUGGGGUAACUUUAAGUCUCAAAUAUGGAGAUGUUCUGGCUAAAACGUUAACAGUUAGCUGAGUGCAUUUAGGAAUCAAUUAAAAUGAUCUUAAAAUCAUGAUGAAUCAAAAUUUUGCUCCAAGAAUCUUUGCUGUGAUUUCCUUCCUUUUAUGCAAGGCCUGUGAGAAAAUGCUAUAUUUUCUCAAAUAUCAGCAUUGUAUAAAAUUUUCCAGCUAAUUUGGAUGUUUGAGUUAUAUUUCUAAUUUUUUGAGCAAUUUUUGUUUCAAAACUAAAGUAUGCACACUUACUUGUAGGAGUCAGAAGACCAUAAAAUUAAAAUUCAUCAUGAGUGUAUUUUUCUCCAUUUUGCGGAACUGUUCCCAUAGCCAUGGCAUAAAUGCCAUUCAUGCCUCUAAACUCAGCAUGUAUUGUGGCAAAAGUCUGCCCCUAUGGACUGCAGUUGCAUCUCUACACCCAUCUUUUCUCAGCAAGAGGCCUUCAAUUCAGCCUUGCUGUGCCAUGAGCUCCAUUGUGUUACCCCCAGCCAAGCUGGGCAAGGCAGCGUCUUCAGAUGAACAGUUGGAAUUUGUAUCUCUUUUUCCGGAUGUUGUAAGGGACCUCUCUACAGAUCCUGAAUAUGAUGACAUUCCUGAAGCUCUGAAAUGGUUUUCUAGAGUGCUCCAGUACAAUGUGCGGGGUGGGAAAAUGAAUCGUGGGCUUGCUGUUGGCAUGUCCUACAAACUCCUGGCAGAGCCAAGCACCAUCACACCAGGCACCAUCAGACAAGCUCAUAUCCUAGGCUGGUGCAUUGAACUGCUUCAGAGUUACUUCUUGGUAGCGGACGACAUUAUAGACAACAGUCCCUUACGAAGAGGCCGACCUGCAUGGCAUGUCAAAGAUAAUCGCGGUCUUGCUGCUUUCAAUGAUGCCAUUCUCCUCGAGGCUGGAAUCUAUAAGAUACUCAAGAAACACUUCCAGAAUGAGCCAUACUAUACACGUAUUCUUGAGCUCUUCCAUUCGGUGACUCUUAAGACAUCCCUAGGCCAAACUUUAGACCUGCAAUCCAAUCCAGGCGGCAAGCCUCAGCUGGAUCAGUUCACCAUGGAUCGCUACAAUGCCAUCGUGCGCUACAAGACUGGCUUUUACAGCUUCUAUCUACCUGUAGCACUCGCCAUGUAUAUGGCUGGCAUUUCAGACAGUGAUCAUGUUCGUGUGGCUGGCAUCACAGACGCCGAACUUCAUCGACAAGCGCGAACCAUCCUUCUUGAAAUGGGCUCGUUUUUCCAGGUUCAGGAUGACUACCUGGACUGUUUCGGGGACGCGUCGGUGACAGGCAAGGUGGGCACGGACAUCGGGGAGGGCAAGUGUACGUGGCUGGCGGUGGUGGCGCUGCAGCGCGCAUCUCCCGCGCAGCGCGCCCUCAUGGAGCAGCACUACGGCUCCAGCUCUGACAAGAGCGUCGAGGUCGUCACGACGCUCUACAAGGAGCUGGGACUGCCGGCAACCUACCGUAGCUACGAGGAGUCUACUUAUGCCCUUAUCCGCAUGCAUGUCCAGCAGAUCUCAAGAGGCCUCAACCACAAAGUCUUCUUCAAAUUCCUCGACAAAAUCCACCUGCGAUCUGUGUGAUAAAACCUUCGUUGCGACUCAACAGUUGUUGCAUUCUGCCAAAGCAUUGAUUGCAUGGCGGCAGUCUGUCGCCCCUUUAUGGUCGAUUGGGCGACCAUCUGUCGCCCGUUCACAGCUGAACGUUCACCAUCUCUUGAACAAACUUUUUCAUGGUCGAGUUCAAUUUGCUUGCCUGUUUUGUGACAGGCCAUGGUUUUUGUUGCGUUGUUUGUAAAUUUAAUUGAUGGUCACAUAUCGCUUGGAAUUUUAACAAUUCACGGUCACGGGAACGCACCCCUAUUGUUAAGAUAAUGUUUGUUUAAGUUUAAACUCAAAUUUGUUCUUCCAAAUGGAGCGCACUCGUUUGAUCUUCGUUACAGGACAGUCCAUCUGGUUUUGAGAAUUUUGUAGAUCCACUUCUAUCUGAACUAACUCGAUCCUACAUUUCCGCUUGAAGCUGCAUCACUGGAGAAUUUGUGGAUGCGUUUGAUUUUAGGACAAUUAAUUAAUUAUAUAUGGAAAUGUCGCGUAAUCAUGGUUCACAUGUUGGGAAUUUUUGGUAUGCUUGAGAGCCAGUAUGUUGCAGUUCCUCUCUUAUAAAUAUUUUUAGGCACGACUGAUGCUUAUUUUGCCGGGAUUCCUGUGUGCGAAUAUCUUGCUUAUCGUCUGCAAGUUUAUACCCUUGCUAACCAGCGUUUGGUGCCUCCUAUGCUUUUUGCUGCAACCUCUGUGGUAGUUGUAUUCGAUUUCAUCAAAGGAUUUGAUAAAAACUAAAAUUUAACACACUUUCAAACCCUUGAGAGCCCUGACUGCCAGAUUGUUUAGCCUUGUAACAUAUAAUUGCAGCUUCAGGUACAGUCUUUGAUUCACUCGGCCUACAUUUUUUAUGCACAAGUCUACAAAUACAAUAAAUGGAGAAGCACUAGAAUCGUUCGACGCUAUUUCUCGAUUUUAAAGAUUAAUUUUUUUUGUGUUAGGUUCUUUUCUGUUCUCAUUGAGAUAAUUUACUGUCAAUGAUAUCCGUUUGAGAAUUUUUUGCAGGUAUUGAGUAAACAAAUGUUUCAAUCUUCUCUUGGGUGAAUUCCUAACAUUUACUACUAGCACGCCGAGCGUUUUCUCGUGUCGAGACAUUUUCUUCCACAAAGAAGCCUUUCAGAUAACUCGUUUAGUCAUUUAAUAUAGUAAACGCGCAAACCGUCAUAAAUUCGCUGAUUUUUUUUAUUACUGUAAUCCCAUUUCCAAAUGCAAUUUAGUGAGGUGUGCCACCACCGUAAGUUAUGUAUUCUAAGUUAUGUAUUGAGUUAAAAACCAGUCUCAUUAUUUGCCUGCCGUGUAAAUUAUAUUCUUACAUUAACUAGCAGAAAUGUGCGUUAUUAUCUGUGCUCUUGAUAGCGCUCCUUCUAAAUCUUUCUCGCAGGAAGUAUAGAUUGGUUGAAAUAAUCUGAACGAAAUAAACUUACUUUGGAGCUUUACUUUGCAAAUGAGAAAUUCAGAUAACUUUACAGGUUUGUAUGCAAGUAAAUGUGCGAGUGUUUCGAAUCUAUAUUUGAUGCUCUCUUGGUUUUAAACUUUAGUACCCUCACUCUUAGUUAUUGUUAAUCUAAUUUUCCCGCCGUGGUUUUUCGCGUGCACCUCAUGCUCGAGUUAAGUGUCUGGAUUAAAUCUCGUAUCGGGAUGGAUUUUAUGCCUCGGGUACAAAAAUCGUUGUGUCCUCUUGUCUUCCAUAGGUGUUAAGUUCCCUUUUUAGUUGUGCAGAGUUGCGUUAAAAGUUGUUUCAUUAGAUCUAAAUCUGUUACUUGAAUUAUACAAUUCUUGAUCAAUUAUUUUAUUUGGUGUCGCAACUGUGUAUUUUCGUCAAAUUGCUUCUGUCCUAAAAUUAUCGUGAAGAUCAAUUCCUUUCUUUUAAAAUGAAAAUUAGUUUUGGUUUGCUUGAUGUGUUUGAACUAUUUCGUUAAAUUAUAAUAUUAUCAUGUGUACGGCAUUCCUUUGUUACGUGGUGCUAUUUCUUUAGUUUAAAUUGACAUAAGUCUUAAUAGAUUUAGUGAUGAAUCAAAAAGAAGUUUUCUUUCCUGUCCCAGUGAGGUCGUCGGUUUGAAGUAUUCGCCUCUGGAUCUGACAGACUCCAGUUACCCAAUAUUCUUGGGAAACGAACCGGCCCUUACUACUGCAUCGGGAAGGUCCCUAAGAUUGUAACAUAUUUUUCUGUGAUUUUCUUCCUCGAUUGAUAUUGCCAUCAACCAUUGCAUUAUCUCACAGUUUUUUUUAUAUUUCUUGAUGAUUCUGGGAAUUACAACGGAUUCUCAAUACCAACAUGACAUUAGGCGAGAGUUUUUGUCACAAGGAUGCUUGGUAAGAACUGAAAUACUUGCUUAAAAAAGAUAUAUAAAUUGAGAUAUUUGGGCAAUAAUUGUUUUUUUAGCUCCGUAGUGUCCAUUCCUGAUGUAGAAAUACUUGACUGGAAAGUUGGUAGUAUGCAUAGACCCGUGUUCAUUCACUUCAUUGUUCACGCUUAUUGCUCCCGUUAGUUGAUAAGAGGUUCUGAGCAUGUUAGUGAUGUUAAGAUGUGCAGUUCUACUAGUCGAAGUAUGGGCAGAUUUUUGUGGUAUUUUGUUCAUAGGUGCACAUUAUUAUUAAGAUCCCUGGUAACUGAUACUAGUACUUAAUUGGCCUCAAUAAAAUUUGUAAGGUAU